AUUGAUUUGACCAAAAGAAAUAAAUUAAAUAAAUCAGAAGUGAAUUUCAAAAAGAGAAAUUAACAAGUUACAGCUGAAGAUGAUAUCAUUUAAAAAAAAAAAAUCUUUGUACAGUAGGCUUUAUCCUACAUUCAUAGUGUUUAUCCCAAACAGUAAUCAUUUUACAGUAUCCACUGGUUAAAACCUGUAAACUGAAUCGAUACAUAUCUUUAAAACAGAGAUGAAAAGAGUUAACAACAGCUAGAAAAUGAAAAUAAAUAAAAUAAAUGAAAAACAGCAAUACACCACAUAAACGAGCUCUUUCUGUCUACGAGGGAAAGCAUUACUUCCUUUGUGUUCAACUUUAACCUCCCUCUCUUAUAAAGACAAAAUGGCGGCGUCCUUACAUAGCAUCGUGAGAGCGGCUUGUCGCGUCUCUCCUGCUGUUUUUCAAAAAACUUUUCGAGCUCAGUCAAUACACAAUGGAGUUACGGUCCUGUUUGUUACUCCAGUCCUGCGACACUUUUUUAAUUCUGCUAAACUGACAUGUCAUGGAGUCAGUGCUCGGGCAGUUGAGGCUUUAGAGUCACAUCCUCGUUAUAAAGAUGCACCAUGGGAAUACCUGGAAAGUGAAGAGUACAUUGACCGCUAUGGAUCCAGACCAGUUUGGGCUGACUACAGACGGAACCAUAAAGGUGGUAUUCCCCCCCAAAAGACCAGGAAGACCUGCAUACGAGGAGACAAGAUAUGUGGGAACCCCUGUCCAAUCUGCCGUGAUCCAAAUAUAAUCAUCCACUACCAGAACGUUAACCUGUUGCAACAGUUCAUAAGCCCUCACACAGGAAUUCUGUACGAUCCUACUAGGACUGGUGUAUGCAUGAAGCAGCAGAAACUACUUAACACGGCAAUUGAAACUGCAAGAGACUAUGGCUUGAUUCCCACCCAGUUACCCUCUGUAGACUAUUCUGGAGAGGACUUCUCAAAUUCCCAUGGCGCAGUGGGGCGCACACCUGUCCCACCUGCUUACACCCAUGGGGAACCUUGGUACGCGUGGUACGGUGACAUAGAGCCAGAUGAACGGGAGCUGGCCCGUGUGAAGAAGAUAUACAAACCUUACCUGAAGUAGAGAUGUUUUCUCAAUAUUACAUGCUGGAUAGGUUUGUAGGGUACAGAUUUAACCUUGUUAUGGACUGAGAACAGUGAAUUAUAAAGCAUGGAUUUGUAUAUUGUGUUGAGGAAACAGGCUCUAGCAGUAAUAUUUCAAACAAACAGCAAUGUGGAACUGAGUGAGAUAGAACUUGGUAUUAUUGAAGUACCAUAACUAUUCAGUCCUCACACUCAUAUUUAAUAAGCGAUGGAAAAAUUACUCAUGCUAUGAUCAGUAAUACUAAAAUUCUGGUAAUACACUCAAAAAGGACAUGAUUGAGAAGAAAAGCAGAAAUAAUUAUAUUCCAGAGUUGGCCACCACAGGUAUCAAUAUGUAUUUUGGACUUUCUUCACCUGUAAAUUAGUAAUGUGUUAUAAAUACCUCCACAAUAAAGAGAGAAAGUAC